AUGGCCAGCAAUUCCAUUAAACUGCAAUCCUCGGACGGCGAGAUUUUCGAUACAACCGUUGACAUCGUCAAAUGUUCCGGAACGUUGAAACCCGUGAUCGAAGCCCUAGGUCUGAACUUUACGAAGGAGCAAUUCGUUCCGCUACCGAACGUAAAUGCAGCAACACUUCGGAAGGUACUGGAGUGGGCCACCUACCACAAGGACGAUGAUCCGGCACCGAUUGAAGACGCGGAUGAAAACAGGGAGAAAUGGUCGGACGUUAUCUGCCAGUGGGAUCAGCUUUUUCUGCGCGUCGAUAAGAUUACACUGUACGAGUUGACUAUGACCGCCAACGAUCUGGAUAUCAAGGCUCUGCUGGACACUUGUUGUCAAACGAUGGCGAAUAUGCUCAGGGGUAAAACAUCGGAGGAAAUGCGGCAGACGUUCAACAUUAAAAAUGAUUUGACGCCGGAAGAGGAGGAACAAAUUCGCCGGGAGAAUGAGUGGUGUGAAGAGAUGUGA